GCAUCCUGGGGGAUGACUCAAAUACUCUAGAAGACGAUCAAAUUAGUCUGGACCCUAGUAGCAACCUUGGAAUGUUUAUGCGUCGAUGUCUACUCACUUUCAGUGUACUAUCAUUUGAGAUAGCAGCACAACAUUUGAUGAUUUUUUAAAACAACACAAAUGGUUAUGUUGGUUGCAAGCAAUGACAUGAAGUCCAUUGACACUUGCAGAUUUUGUUCAAAAGCUGAUGUCUCCAAAUUUUGAUUUUUAAAUCGUUAAGCUGUUUUCAAUUGAAAAUAGUUCUUUUUUUGACAUUUAUUUAUUUGUUUUUUUGCUUCCACUUGUAUCUCCCUUUCUCUAAUCUUUAGUCCUUCCUCUUCCACGAUGAAGCUAAACCCAUGAACCGCACACUUUACCGUUUCUAUCAACUUCCCUGUUCCCCUCACUGCAACGCCACUAUCAAAACUCAAAAGUGAACACCACCACCACCAUCACCACCAAUUAUUUUUGGAGGAUCAGCGUAGUUUGAGCUUUUGCAAGGAUCUCUUCAAUUGUACCAGACGUGUCAAACCAAAUUUCUUUUCUUCCUAUGAUGAGUAUUUUGUUUGUAAACUACAAGAAAAAUUUAGGUUUUAAUGUCUAAUGAUGAUGUUGAUGAUGGUGAAGAGAGAUGAGACUGAAGUUAAUGUUGGAUUGUUAAUAUGGGCAUAUGUAAAUUGUAAGAUCAUUAUUAGAAGAGUAGAAGAAAAAAGAUAGGAGAACCCAUUAAAGGUUGGAUACUUGGAGGGUUUAUUAGAAGAGAAAGGGAAGAGAGUAUUUAAAGGGAUGGGGAGAAGAUGUGUUAAAAUGAGAUACAAUUCUUGUUCUUAUUUGACAUAUCAGCUUUUGGGAAAUCUUUGGUGACUGAUGAGUUUCGUGUUAUUACUCGGACCCAAUAUAGUAAUAUAUGAUUAAAAUAUGCGUCAAAAGUUAAUUAUUCAUAUUCGAUGUGUGCCUUGCUGAAGAAAAUGUUUUAAUCUACUUUUAUAAUUUAAACUGAUAGGUGCUCUGCACUCCAAAACUGCCCUCUAAUCUGGUGAUUAGACAUUCAAAAACUAACCUUUUGCCUUCUGUUUAAUUUUCCCUGUGUAUCUUCGUGGUUGCUUUUUCAUUGCCUCAUGCAUGCUCUUUGUGCCUUUUGUUGUUAAAAAUCAUAAUGGUUUGAUUAGUUUUUUUUCCCUAUCUUCUAAUGUUAUCCCUCAUUUAGCAAGAUAUCUUUUGUGCGUUAUUAAAGUGACAGCAGGGUUGUGGAACAUGCCUUUGAACAAUGUCUGAUAGUUCAAUUUAAAUGUGCUUUUUUUCUUCUGCUUAUGCAGGGAGUAUGCCAUCUGCUGUCAGAUAUUGAGUCAUACUGCAAAGAAGUACUUUCUGGUUCUCCGUCUUUUGAUUUGACAUGUUUAGAUGGUUGUAAUGAUGAAACUGAGAGAUUAUCAGAAUAUGAGAACAUGGACCUUGAUAAUAUUGCUUGUCAAGAAGUUAUUGAAGAAGCUGAAACAAGUAAAAGAGCUGGUAAAGGAAUUCCUUUUCAUCUACAUGUGCCAGAAGUCCUUGAUGAGCUGGUUGAAGGUGUUGAGGUUUCCGCAGACCUAAAACAUGGUGCUAAAGCCAGAGAAUCAAGCCCCUUUAUGCUUCCUGAUAUUGAUGCAUUGGAUUCACUUGAAGGCAAUGCUGGUAUAUAUUUGCGUUCAAAUUGGCAAGUUCAUGGAUACUUGCUACAGCAAGCUGAUGAGAUCGAAAAGCAUGGAAGUUCAUUUCCUUUGAAUACUCUUGAGUCUGUUCUCAAGCAACUGCAGAAAUUGGCACCUGAACUACAUCGUGUCCAUUUUUUGCGCUACUUGAAUAUGCUGCAUCAUGAUGAUUAUUCUGGUGCUUUGGAGAAUCUCCAUCGUUAUUUUGAUCAUAGUGCAGGGAUGGAGGGUUUUGAUCUUUGCUCAUCUUCCACUGAUGGCAACUGCUUUGGAAAAUAUGAAAUUGCUUUGUUAUGCUGUGGAAUGAUGCAUGUUCAUUUUGGCCAUCCUAAACUAGCUCUAGAAGCUUUAACAGAAGCUGUCCGUGCUUCUCAACAGCACAGCAAUGAUGCAUGCCUAGCUUAUACUUUGACAGUUAUAUGCAACUUGUUGUCUCAAUUUGGUAUAACUAGCGCAUCAAGAAUACUUGGAUCCUCAUACUCACCUAUGACCAGCAUUGGUUCUUCUUUAACCAUCCAUCAACAAUUAUAUGUUCUAUUAAGAAGAGCUCUUGCUAGAUCUGAAGUUCUCAAGCUGACACCAUUAGUGUCUGCAAACCAUCUAGCAAUGGCUAAAUUUGACUUGAUGCAUGUCCAAAGACCUAUGCUAUCAUUUGGUCCCAAAGCAUCUGUUGACCUUAGAACACGCCCAGCUGAUGUUUGUCAGGAGCUGAGGUUGAGCUCCCAUGUGGUCAGUGAAUUCAGUAAUGAAGGCUCUUCAAUGUCUCGUGAUGGUGAUUUUGCUACUGCAUGGCUUAAGAAUCCGCAUAAACCGAUGGGUCCUCUAAUGAUAAACUCAGAAAAUGGUUCAGGAAAUGAUUGUAAUACAUUUGAGUUCUGUGCUCAACAGAGCUCAAUACCUAAGGCUGUGCUGCAACAACUUGGUUCUUCAUUUUUACUCCGCACCACAGCAUGGGAAAUGUAUGGCAGCAACUCGCUUGCCAGGAUAAAUGCCCUAGUUUAUGCCACUUGCUUUGCUGAUGCUUCAAGCUUGGAUAAUCUUGCCUUGGCUUGUGCGAAGCUUGUUCAACAACUCGCUGCUUAUAAGGGCUACAGGGAAGCAUAUGUCGCAUUCAGAAUUGUAGAGGAGAAGUUCCAUGUCAUCUCAAAAUCACGAGUCUCGCUAUUGAAGCUUCAACUUCUCCACGAACAUGCCUUGCAUAGAGGUCAUUUGAAGCUUGCUCAACGAGUUUGUGAUGAGCUUGGUGCUUUGGCUUCCCCUGUGACUGGUGUUGAUGUAGAUCUAAAGACUGAAGCAAGCCUUCGUCGAGCUCAAACAUUGCUAGCUGCAAACCAGUAUAGCCAGGCAGCGCAAAUUGCACAGUCCCUCUUUUGCACAUGCUACAAGUUCCAUUUGCAAGUAGAAAAUGCAACAGUUCUACUAUUGCUUGCUGAAAUCCACAAGAAAUCAAGAAAUGCUACCCUCGGCCUUCCUUAUGCAUUGGCAAGUAUAUUGUUUUGCCAGUCAUUUAACUUGGACCUUCUUAAAGCAUCUGCAACCCUCACACUGGCUGAGUUAUGGCUUUCCUUUGGACCAAGUGAAGCACAAAGAGCUCUGUCUCUCCUUCAUGGAAUCUUCCCAAUGAUCCUUGGCCAUGGGGGGCUCGAGCUCCGUGCACGGGCUCACAUUAUAGAAGCUAAAUGUCAUCUUUCUGAUGCAAAUUAUUCAGUGGGUCAAGCACCAGAGGCUGUACUCAACCCUUUACAAGAAGCCUGUGAGGAGCUUGAACUUCUGGAGUAUCAUGAGCUGGCUGCAGAGGCUUACUAUUUGAUGGCUAUGGUGUAUGACAAAUUGGGCAACCUACACGAGAGGGAGAAAGCUGCAGCCUCCUUCAAGGACCAUAUCAUUAGUUUCAGAAAUCCUCAAGAUUCCGAGGACGACAAAUUAAACACAUUAUGUAGACAAAGCACAUAGAAUACCAUUGCCUUUUCUUUGUUGAAAGUAAGAUUCGGGCUCAACCGGAUUUUCAGUUUAAGCAUAAGGGAAAGUCUUGAAACCCUCUUGGAAGAGUCGCCUAACCUGAAUUAGGAACGGACCUGAUGGUCGGCAAACCUGCUUCUAAUGGAUGGACGAGCCAAAGUAUCGCACACUCGACCUUUUCCUGUGUGAUAAAGCCAAAUACUUGUAUUGCUACCUCCGUUGGUAUAUCACUGUUACAGAAGCAGCAGUUCUUGAACCUCCCCACUUCUUACAAUUAGUGGUUUUGGGUGGUUCUAACUGAAAUAGGAAGCCAAGCGGCUUUUGUAAUUAGCUCCUCGAAGUUUCUCCAUUUUAAUGUAAACACGAUAGAGUAAUACCCAGUAUCCAACUUUUUUUUUUUUUUUAAUAACAGAGUAUCCAACUUACUGCUAGUUUAGAUGAUUUAAUACCCUGAUAUUUAAUGGGAAACUUAGAUAAGCAAGGCCCUGUGUAAUUUUGAAGUUGAUGCAUGUAAUUUUAGAACAAAAUUUUGGAGUGUUUUCUCAUCUAGUAACACUUACUUCUA